AUGGAUAGCUAUUGUAAAAUUAUGUUUCACAAGUGCGAUACCUACUGGCCUUCCGUUCCUUGCACAUACUUACGAAAAACCAUGUGGAAUGCUGAAUAUUAAUGAUGAAUUUUUCAAGCUCCAGUGGUAUUUAAGAAAAUAUCCUCCUUUUAACUACGAUAUGAAUGUUGUGCCAGCAUGGCAGGAAUGCAUCAAUGGCACAGGAAUUACUGUAGGUGUCGUAGACGGAGGGAUCGACUGGAGAGAUCGUGAUCUAUUUCUGAAACAGAAUAUCAUGGGAAGUAAGGAUUUGGAACCGAGGGACCAUCAUGAUCUAAGACAUGGGACAAUGUUAGCCGGCGUAAUUGCUGCCAGGGAAAAUAAUGGUCAUCUGGGAGUGGGAAUCGCAUUUGGAGCUAAAAUAGCUGACUUAAGAGCCCUCACACAGCACCCGACAACAACUUUGAUAGGAAAGGCGCUUCAUACUGGACUGGAUGUUGUAGAUAUUUAUUGCUGCGCAUUUACCAAUUUUCCGUCAGGAUUCAAGACAUAUCCCUUAAAUGCACAAGUAAAAACGAACCUGCAAAUAGGAACUUCUUACGGACGAUCUGGAAAAGGAUCCAUCUAUGUCUGGUCGACUGGGAAUGGUGGGGAGGAACACUCUAUCCUGAGAGACAGCUGCGCUUAUGAAGGCCUUGUGAAUAACAUAUACGUAAUACCAGUUGCAG